AUAUCCAAAUGCUCUUGCAGGAAAGGAGAUAGUGUUUCACACGAGGGAAAUUUUCCUGCUAAAUAGUCUAUCAAAUAUUUUUGCCUAGACUUGCUUCUAGAUGUCCAUACCUGAAGUUGCUGUUUUUGAGCUCAUUUCUGCGUUGUCUGAGGUGUGCAAGGCUGAUUGUUCCCUUGUUUUGGUCUUAAAUUGUCAUGGAAUUUAUACUAAACUCUGGUUUGGAACUACCCUAAAUUUCGAAGAUUUCCAGCUCAAUCCAUAUGUAAUUGAUUUGAAUUCUGGCAGCCUGACCUGGGAGUAGUAUUAUGUACAUAACUUCUUGUGUAGAUGUUGGAUUAAAGCCACUCCUGGUUUUAUAGAAAGCUAAGAGAUAGAGUUUAAUUUUCCGGUUAAGCAUUCAAACCAGUUCUGCCACUUUCAAGGACAAAAAUCUUGUUGUAACCUUUGUGUUUAGAAUCUGACCAGUAUUUUGUCCUUUUAUUCAGCUGUUUUUUUUGGUCUGUUUUGGGCAAAUCCUCUAUUUUGUGAGCAUAGAUUACGACUUUUGGUAGCUGUAAUUGAAGUUAAAAUGAUAUUUAUCUGGCUAAACAUGAUCCUAAACUAAGGCUAAUGCAAGAAGUGGGCUUAAUUAAGAAGAAUGCUUAAUAUGCAAUCUCAAUUAUGAAUUGGCCUAUGGCUAGGCUAUAAGUCAACGCUGGAUUAAAGUUGAGACUACAUGUUGGACAUAUAGAUAUGGCUUUGGAAAGUUUUAAUUGAUGCAAGUUAAUGGGUUAUUCUGCUGUGAUUUAAUAUUGGAUUGUCUUGCUAUAUCUAAAGUACAAGCAUGACAAUGCAUAGAGUGUUGCUUAUAUGAGCUAGGCAGAACCCAGUUGUUGGACUGGGAGUGUGAAGACAGAUAUAUUUAGAAAUAUCCUCAUUUUGUUAUGUUGAUUAAUUCUAGUCAUUUGAGAUGCUUGAUCUGAAUAUCUCGAUCAUAUAUCGUAGGUAUAUCUGCCCCUGAUUUUAUUAUGGUGUCAUUUUUGAGAUUCUUACCCAUGACUUGUGAUGGGUCUAAUUCUUGACUCUGUGAAAUGAA